AUGUUUUGUUCGCCUAACCACAUUUUUAGUGAACAAGAACCUCCUCAGUCGAUGCUCAAGCUAAAUCUUAUCGCUGACCGAGAACAGGGCUGGCUUCUGAUCGUUCAAACGAUGAUUGAUAUUGUGCCGGUGGAUAACCCUUUAGGACCUGCUGUGAUCACGUUGUUUCUUGACGAAAGCCCUCUUCCUACAAAAGAAACGGUGACGAAGCUGUUGUUUCUUUUGAACCUGAGUGGCGAGCUGGUCCGACAAAAUAUUCACCCGCCAUCAUGGCACAAAAACCUGUGUAUCGUUCUCGGCUGCCUUUCAGAAAAAUUGGCAGGACCAAACAGCGUUGCGACAUUCCAUUCAUCGACCUUAGAUUACCUGAUCGAAAAUCUGAAUCCGUCUCGAAUGCCGUACGUCAUUUUGCACGCCCUCAUCACUCUUGAAAAAUAUGCUCAGACAAGUGAAAACAAGAUCACGAUCAACGAGAGACUGUUGUCGUUGGAUCCUCACCCAAUCGCGGGGUUGGAACAGUGGCUUCAUUCUAAAGACUACGUCGAGCGACAGGUCGGAUUUUGUGCACAAUGGGUACUCGACAAUGUGUUUGUCAUUCCUGAACGUCAGUACUCGUACGAAACCGUGGUAACUGACGGCAUCAACGUCAUGCUAAACAACAACGACGUUAGCGAAUAUCUGAAGAUAUCGCCGAACGGUUUGGAGGCCCGAUGUGAUGUGUCCUCUUUUGAAAGUGUUCGGUGCACGUUUCCGGUAAACAGCGGGAUUUGGUAUUACGAAGCGCUUAUCGUGACGCCCGGGGUGAUGCAAAUUGGUUGGGCGACGAAGAACAGCAAGUUUUUGAAUCACGAGGGAUACGGCAUAGGUGAUGACGAAUACUCCGUCGCUUACGACGGUUGUCGUCAGUUGUUAUGGCACAACGCAUCAAGUCAGUCGACGAAUCAUCCAAUGUGGAAUUCAGGUAUGGGUAUAUAUAAUAUAUUGGCGUAA